GGUAACGAUCUAGUUUCCGCUUCCGUUUUAAAAUGGUGGCAUUUCCGUUUUAACGCGUGUGUAAAUGAUGAAUUUCCAUAUGUUUUCAAGAUGUUUUACUAAUAUUUUGAGAUCAUCUUUACCAAAGAAAGACUUACAAAAGCUUGUUACACAUAAGUGUCAGGUUUGGAGUACAACACAGCAUUCACAAUCAUUUUCAGCUUUUCAAAAUGCAAGAUUUGACCCCAAACAAAACAGAAAUGAGACAGAAGCGUAUAAAAACUAUUGCAUGCCCUCAAUGCUGGUGGUCAGACAUGUGAGAAACAUUACCACUGAGAAUGAAUAUGAACCAGUCAGAGAUCCAAGCACUAUCAGAGGAAAAAUAGACAAAUUUGAUUAUUCAGGUGAACUGGCUCCAUUACGGAAACUUAACCCCAACGAUACCUUGUUUGUGUUCAAUAGUGUUGAAGAACUGAAGCAAGCACCUGAAGUUGUCCAGAGGUUAUGUUCUAUCGAGUUUGCUGAUAGGCUACAGAAGAAAUUUCACCGAAUAUUUGCAAUGAAGGAGAUGAUACAUAAAGUAUGUGGGGUGGAACAUAGGCGAGAGAUGAUCGUUGCCAAUAUGACUUUGCAAAUUCGAGCAACCGUUCACCACCUACAAAAUUUUCCUAAGGAUAUGCAAGCCAAGAGAUUUGUUGUGGAAAAAAUUGCAAAGAGGAAAAGGGAACUGAGACGAAUGCGUUCGGAAGAUUAUGAAAGGUUUUUGUGGCUAAUGAAGGAACUGGAAAUUAAAUAUGUGGCACCUUCUGUGCACAAUCGAAAGGAGACGAAAUAUGGUCGCAGGAAGAGACUAGCCAGGGAAGAGGCUUUCAUGAUGAAAGCCCAGAAGCUUGACGAACUAAAGGCCAGAUUGGAGGCAGAAAAAAUUAUAUUUUUGAAAAAGAAAGCAGCCAUAAUGAGUGAAAUAGAAGUUGAUAUGAAAAAGUUUAAUAUUGACAAGGAAGAGUUGUUGAAAAAGGUUGAAGUAAAGAGACUUGAAAAGUUAGGUUUAAAUAAGUAGUCAAUUAAGAGUCACGAAAAACUUUGAAAAAAAAUGUGAUGAAACAUUUACACAUUUACAUGAUGUUUGCCAUCAAAUAGUUUUGCUAAAAUUCUAUGUUUGAAACUGAUAUAUUCAGAUAACAAUUGAAUGAGAUUGCAAGGAUAGAUGUUGGAUAGUACUUGUAACGUUAUGUGUGUUGUACUUGUGGAUUGAACUUCAGAGUUAAGAACAGUGACUGAAUUGCCAAAAUUAAAUAUCUUAACCUAUAUUCAAGAUUACUGGUUAUUUAUGUAAAAAGUUAAAACAACUGCUGAAGAACCAAAAGGUCCGGACUAGAGUAACGAUAUUUGGCUGAUAGCUUCCUUGGAUGGAGCCAGACAAAGUUUGUAAAACAUUACCAUCUCUGAAGGUCAUAGGGGUCAAAUAUGACAAAAACUUCUGACAACUUCUUAUAAUGAACUAAAAGUCAAGAGUCAUGAUAUUUGUCAGAAAACUUCCAAGGUUGUAUCACAACAAAGUUUGCAAAUAAAAAUAUGAUCUACUAUCAAAGCCACAGGGGUCUAAUAUUUCAAAAAACAUCAAACCACUUCUCUUGGAGAGCCAAAAACGUCUUUAGUCACUACCUUGUUGGAAUAUUUUAAAAAAGAAAUAACCUUUAAAACCUUCUAAGAACUUACUCUAUGCCAAAGAGUCCUAUUUGUUCAAUAGCUUGCUGUCGUAUAUUCCUACAAAGUUUGCAAAAGAAACGACCUUGACCUAUACUCAAGACCACAAAAGUCAAAUCCCGUCCAACCCUUCCCAUCUUCUGAACAAGACUAGAAAGCCCAAAACUUAUAAUAUUUUGUCUGCAGUUGGUUAACCUGUAAUGCUUCACAGUAUACUAUAACAAAUGAUUGACCUGUUUUAAAGGUCACUGACAUCAAAUGUGUAAGCAUUUUUUUAAAACCAUUUCCUUGUACAAGGUCACAUGGCUGUAAUCCUAUACCCGUUUCUAGGAAGACCUAUCUACUAGUCCACUUUUCAAGCAGUAUGCAAAGCCAUUUAUGUUCAGUAUCAAACUAAUGUUAUGACACUGGAGGGAGUUGAGACAUCAGGGACAACCCAAGUGAAAUGGCAAAAUUUAAAGCAACAAAAGCCUCGUGUUGACACUACUUUCUGUAAAGGCAUUUGACCCCAGCACUCCCCAAUCUGCAAGCCUUCAUCAUGUCUUUAUGGUUUUAGAAAAUAAAACAAGUGUCUGCAACUGAAAAAAAACAAGCAGAAAAACAAACAAAAAUGGUGAGUUCAAUCAUUUUGGUCAAAUUUAUAAGUCCCAUCACAUCAAUGUUAUAAUUUCAUUGUAGCAUUUAAAUAUUACAGACUAAUUUCCACUUGCACUCCUAAUUGCUUUACACAUGUCAGGUGAGAGACAUAAGCCCUGUUGGCCUCUUGUUGGAGCUGUUAGAAAAACAUUUUAUUCAUCCAUAUAAUUUUCAUCACACCAUAGAAGUUUCAAGAUCUUAACUACUACUAUUGUAUAUUUCAACUUUUAGACACAAGGGAGACAACUCUUAUAAGUUUAUGUCGAAAUUUCAUUGUCAUGAAAUAAAGUAAACCUCCACUGGUAUGACCUACAA